CUGAGUCUUAUCUUCUCACCUCUUCGCCUUCCACUUCAAUUACUGAAACCUAUACAUAAACCCUAUUAUACGUAUUGUGGUACACUGCUGCACGAUGGCUUUGUCUUUGGGCGUCUGUUCGAGUCUCUUUGCGGGCGGAGCGGUGUCGUUCUCGAAGCCGUCUUCUGUCCCCGUCAAGCUUCUUCCGGUUAAUCUGCGCCCUGUGCGCAUCACAGCGGCGGUUUCGAAGCCGGCUACGGAGACGAACAAGCGGGAGCCGAGGGGAAUAAUGAAGCCGCGCAGGGUGUCGCCGGAAAUGCAGGCGUUCCUCGGCGGCGUGUCUGAGAUUCCUCGUACUCAAGCGCUCAAAGAGAUUUGGGCUUACAUCAAACAACACAAUCUUCAGGAUCCUGCAGACAAAAAGGUCAUCAUCUGUGAUGAGAAACUGAAGAAAAUUUUUGGAGGAAGAGAUCGGGUCGGCUUCCUUGAGAUUGCUGGUUUGCUUAAUCCACACUUUUUGAAGUGAGAAACUGGGUGCCUAAGAGGGCUAAGGCCAUCUGCAUCUUGAGAGGAAAGCACUCUUUUUGUAAAUGAAGUUUAUGUUGGUAGUCUUUAGGAAACACUAGCAGACAAGCUUUGCUUUCCUUUACAGAUGAGAUUUGGAGCUCUCAGCUCAUCAACAAGAGGAACACUCAUGAAUGAGUAAUUUUGCCUUUUGGAUCCACUUGUGGGACUUGAAUUGUAAUCUAUGUCUGCAUUCUUAAUCUAUCUCAAAUCUUUAGGCACUUAUAAUGCUCUAUGGUUUAUAUUUGAUUUGUCUAA